AUGGGCUCCAUUCUGAGCCGCCGCAUCGCGGGCGUGGAAGACAUCGACAUCCAGGCGAACUCGGCCUACCGCUACCCUCCCAAGUCCGGAAACUACUUUGCCUCGCACUUCUUCAUGGGUGGCGAGAAAUUUGACACCCCCCACCCUGAAGGCUACCUCUUUGGCGAGAACAUGGACCUGAACUUCCUGGGCAACCGCCCCGUCCAGUUUCCUUACGUCACUCCCGCCCCCCACGAGCCGGUGAAGACCCUGAGGAGCCUGGUCAACAUCCGCAAGGACUCCCUGCGGCUCGUGAGGUACAAAGACGACGCUGACAGCCCCACUGAGGACAGUGAGAAGCCCCGGGUCCUCUACAGUCUGGAGUUCACCUUCGACGCAGACGCCCGUGUGGCCAUCACCAUCUACUGCCAGGCCACUGAGGAGUUCCUGAACGGCAUGGCUGUGUACAGCCCCAAAAGCGCCGCCCUGCAGUCUGAGACAGUGCACUACAAGAGAGGGGUUGGCCAGCAGUUCUCCCUGCCCUCCUUCAAGAUGGACUUCUCAGAGUGGAAGGAUGAUGAGCUAAACUUUGACUUGGACCGUGGUGUGUUUCCGGUGGUCAUCCAGGCCGUUGUGGACGAAGGGGACGUUGUGGAGGUGACCGGCCAUGCCCAUGUGCUCUUGGCUGCCUUUGAAAAGCACAUGGAUGGCAGCUUCUCGGUGAAGCCUUUGAAACAGAAGCAAAUUGUGGACCGGGUCAGCUACCUGCUGCAGGAGAUCUACGGCAUUGAGAACAAGAACAACCAGGAGACAAAGCCCUCGGAUGACGAGAACGGUGACAACAGCAGCGAGUGCGUGGUGUGCCUAUCGGACCUGAGGGACACGCUCAUCCUGCCCUGCCGCCACCUCUGCCUGUGCAAUUCCUGCGCGGACACCCUACGCUACCAGGCCAACAACUGCCCCAUCUGCCGGCUGCCUUUCCGGGCCCUUCUACAGAUCCGGGCCGUGCGGAAGAAGCCAGGGGCGCUGUCCCCAGUCUCCUUCAGCCCUGUCCUGGCCCAGAGUGUGGACCAUGAUGAACAGUCUUGCCCCUUUAAAAAAUCAAAGUCGCACCCCGCCUCACUGGCCAGCAAGAAACCCAAAAGGGAAACAAGCCCUGACAGCGUCCCAUCAGGCUAUGAGCCCAUCUCCCUGCUCCAGGCGCUCAACGGCCUGCGGGCUGUCUCCCCCGCCAUCCCUUCAGCCCCCCUGUAUGAGGAGAUCACCUACUCGGGGGUCUCAGACGGCCUGUCCCAGGCUAGCUGUCCACUUGCUGGCAUCGAGCAGGUCAUGGAGAGCAGCCACCAGAAGGGCCAGCCACGGACCAAGUCCCCUGACAGUACCCUGCUGUCCCCAUCGUCCCCCAUCCACGAGGACGACGAGGAGAAGCUCUCUGAGGACUCGGACGCUCCUCCCCUACUAAGCGGGGCCGAGCUGGUGCUUCGAGAAAGCAGCUCCCCAGAGAGUUUCAUCAUAGAAGAGGUUGAUGAGCUGCCCCUCCCUGCUGCAGGGAGCCAGGCCGCAUCCGUGGAGAGCGUCCUACAGGACAGCGGCCCUGCUGACGUCUACCUGCCAGCCCUGGGUCCCGACUCCUGCUCUGUUGGUAUAGAGAAGUAA